GUAGCAUCCAUGUCCGUGUGUGCUUGAUGCAUCUGACCUGGGGUGAGAUUUCCCACAUCUCUGUGGGAUAGGCUUUGAUAAUUAAGCCAUGAACCAGGAACUGAAAGCAAAACCAUGCACACAGUAAUCAGUUCUCGAAAGAGGUGGGCGUUCCAGUGCGUAGAAAAAGUAUGAACAAGAAACUGAAACUUUUGUUUCUGAAGAAGCGAAACAGUUUGUUGAUGUUCUUCUCGCUAUGGCGUCCAAACGCUCCUUCUCUGAGGACGACUUCACGUGCCCCGUGUGCUGUGAUGUCUUUAAGGAGCCCGUGCUCCUGUCCUGCGGUCACAGCGCGUGCAGCAGCUGCGUCCAUCGGUACUGGGAAACAAAAGGCUGCCGAGAGUGUCCGCUUUGCAGGAAACGGUCCAGUAGAAACCCGCCUGUAAACCUGGCUCUGAAAAACUUGUGUCAGACUUUCUUAAAGGUCCGAUGCGAUUCCGAGAUCCUCUGCGACAUCCACGGAGAGGAGCUGAAACUCGUGUGUGUGGAGGACAGGCAGCUCGCGUGCUUGGUGUGCAAAUAUUCCAGAAAACACCUACAACACCGAGUCAUCUCUGUCGACGAAGCAGCAGCACAUCUUAAGCAAAGACUCACGCGUGAUAUGAAUGCACUGGAGUUUAAAAUGAAGACCCUUGAGGAUGUCCAGUUUCAUUGCGAUCAAAAUAUAGAUCACAUAAAGCAACAGGCUGAGUACAUAAAGAAUCGGAUUAAUGUGGAGAUUCAGGAGCUUGUGCAGUUUCUGAUGGAGGAAAAGGAAGACACGAUGAGCAAACUGGACAUGGAGGUACGGCAGAAAUUGCAGACGACGGAAAACAGAAUAAAAAACAACAAACAAACGACACGGGUCAUCUCAAGCGCUAUUGGACGAAUAAAAGGGGAAUUAAAAUCUGAAAACAUCAGAUUGGUAAAGAACAGGCUUAAGAACAAUCCAACAAAUCAGGACAGAGAUUCAAAUUGUAAUGUGACUUCAGGAGGAACAACCAAAGCUACAACGAAACCUGAUGAUCCAAAGAUGGUUUCAAAAGAUGUGAUUGAUGUUGCAAAGUACCUCGGCAAUCUACAGUUCAGACUCUGGAACAAAAUGCAGACUGUCGUUAAAUACACUCCUGUUAUUUUGGACCCAAACACGGCUCACUCACAGCUCGUCCUGUCUCCAGAUCUGACCAGCGUGAGAGACAGUGAUGACGACCAUGAAAACAAGGAUGACAAACCCAGACCACCAGUUCUGGACACUCCUGAAAGGUUUAGGAGUUUGUGUGUGCUGGGUUCUGAGGGCUUUUCUUCAGGGCUGCACUGUUGGGAUGUUGAUGUGGGAAACAGCACCUUCUGGAUGCUCGGAGUGACCACUGAGUCUGUACAGAGAAAAGAACCCAAUGUUUUUCCCAGUGGAAUUUGGGGCAUUGGGUAUGAUGGUCAAAAUCUGUCUGCUCGGUCCCCUUACGGAGUGUACACUCCUCUCACUUUGGCUGCCAAACAGCAGGUGAUCAGAAUCCGUCUGGACAUGGAUUCGGAGGAGCUGUGGUUCAUAGAUCCUGGCAGUAAUGCAGUUAUCCACAUGUUUUCACACCAAUUCACUGAAAAGGUCUUUCCAUUCUUCCACAGCAUGUGUAGUUUGUCUCCUCUGAAAAUCCUGCCUUUCCAGCAUCUUGUGGUACUGCGAAAUGUCUUUAAAUGCUCAUGAUUCUACAAAUGGCUCAUGAGAAGUGGAACAACAACAUGUAGUGAUAUAGAGAAUGUGGAGUAAACUGUGAUUCAAAUAAAUACCUCCUGUAGUUUCGUCAUGGAAAUAUAUGACAGGAUAUAUUGCAUCAGACUUAAGGCUGUUUCACUUAAAACAUGUGUCUUAUAUGUCUUGUGAUUUAUUACAUUCUAAAAUUGCAUUUUAAACUGUUUGUGUUAUUAGUCAUCAAUGAGCUCAGGCAGUGUAGUUCCUGGUGCUUUCCUAGCUUACCCAGGGUGGAGGUUUUUCCAUUUUUGCAUCUCAAUCACCAGCUCUUGUAGAGUCUAAAGCAAACCUACAUCCAACAAACUAAAACACUAUCUAAAACAGUUAUGUCACAAUGCAGGAGGCUUACAUCAGUCAUUUAUCCACACUAUAACAUUUACUAUAUAUGAGACAUACAUAAAACUGUUAUAAUGGCUAUACAAUCAAAUAGAAUUAUUUUAUUUACUAAACCUUACCGUUUAAUAAA